CUUCUAGCCUUCAGAACUGUGAGACAAUGCAUUUCUGUUGUUUUUGCAGCAGCACUCUGUUAAGGCAGCCAGCCAUACCUAGGAAACCAACAGGUGACUCUAGGGCAGGGAAGUGGCUAAAGCCCUGAGAUAGACUGGAAAGGGGACCUGGAACCUCGAGAGACUCUUUCCUUUCCACCAUCCACUUCAGUCCUCUUUCUCACUGCAGACUAUAAUUCUCUGUUCUUUAGCCAACACUUCCCGUGAUCAUUUCUUGCUUCUUCCUUUGUUCAGGUAUACAGGUGUGGGGCAGAAACCAGUCCGGGGUAGCCCCUCCCUUUUUCACUACUAAGGGCUGAGUUAUGACUGGUUUAAGCUUAUUAGGGCAUGCCCACUCUUUUGUCUGUGAUUGGUUUAGGGAUAGACAUGUGACUCAGUUUUGGCCAAUGACAUUUGAGGAUCUGGAAACCUUCUGGGGCUUCUGUGAAAGAUUUUCUUCCCUGGUAAAAAAAAAAAAAGAAAGAAAGAAAGCUGUCUAGGGAGGACCCCUGCUUGUUGCCUUCCUGCUGUGGAUGGUUCCUUGUUGAGGACAUGAUGUUUGGAGCGGUGGCAGCAGUCACAUGACUGUGAAGGGAAGGUAAGUCAGAGUUGGUGCCUGUGGCUUACAACUAAGGACUUUGACACACAUGUUGGGCAAAGUCCCAGAAGCAGAAAAUGCUGGAAUAAGACAUAUUUGGAUCUUUAAACAGACCAGGCGCAAAGACUUUAGCUAGGUGCUCCUCCACCAUCCUGAUCUCCUGUCCUGGAGGCUGGGCUGUCCAGAGAGAUGCAAAAGCCAGACGCUCCAGAUCUUCAGCAGACCCGACCUGGAUCAGCAUCUGCUUCUGGAGCUUUCUCUACGUGGGUGGACAUUGCCAGUUUGGUCCAUCAGCAACCACUUGUGAUCUCGCCACAUCUGAUGGAGCACGAGGCCCCGAGUCCACACAUUCAGUGGGUCCCGUGUUCAGUGUUUCUCUCAUGCACAGACGAAACUGAGGACUUAAGCCCGGGACACAGUAUGGCAGAUAACUCAGAGAUUGCUCCGAAGAGGCAAGGGGCGGAGCCAGGAUAUCCAGGAGUUUUUGCAACAAAGACCAGAAACGUUCUCAACCAUUAGGAAACACUGCCACCAUGUGGCUUUCGGAUGUUGCAUACGCCAAACUGUAAACUGCCAAUUUCUCUGAUACUGUUGGAAAAUUAAAUCAAAGAACACAUCCCUUGAUCAAACAGCUGAAGUAAAUUAAUGGUUCUCCAGCAACGUUCCCUGAGAGCGAAAGUACUCAUCCACUCAGGCUUUGGGAGGACUACCGCUAUUUCCGUGCGUUGCCUACCGACGUUGGGCAGGCUGGAGAUUGCAAUCCACGCGUCUCCCGGGUGCACAGCCGGCGGCAGGUGCGUGGGCGUGGGCGUGGCGGCAUUCAUUCCUCACCCCUCCCUUCCCCGGGGUUGGGGGUGUAAGUGGAUAAUUCAAUCCCCGUAGGACUCGGCGUCUGGCCUCACCCGCGGCUCGGCGGAUUGGCUGUCUCAGCUCGCCCCCCCCCCCCCGUCCCCCCCCCGCCGUCCCAGGUGGCUCAGCCCCCCUGUGGAGCUCUCUGUUUACCUUGAGAGCCCGUCCAAGUUGGGCUCCAUCUCUACAUUUGCUCCCUCUGGGGCCCCGCCCGCCCCGGAAGCAGGGAGAAAAGCGGGCCGAGCCCUUCCUCUCCCCGCACCGCCCGGAGAGGUCGGGUAAGGGAGACGGGUGUGUGGGAGGGGGAGUCUCAGGCCUGGGAGAUCCGGCUGUCAUCCCGUCCCGGGAUCGCGCGAACCCGGGAGUUCUGUCCCUAGGCUCCUCCGUCUCCGUCCUGUCGUGCUCAGGGUGACGUGCCCACCCUGGGCAAAGAGCCAGAAGCUGGAUCUCAGGGAUGCCCGGGUCCCUAAAGGAGGCACAGACCUGGAGACUUCUCUCACAGGUGGUCCCCCUCCUCCAGGCGGUGAUGACCCCCAAGCCAGCCGGACCCCCGGACGGGGGCUGGGGCUGGGUCGUGGCGGCCGCAGCCUUCGCGGUGAAUGGGCUCUCCUACGGACUGUUACGCUCCCUGGGCCUCGCCCUCCCUGACCUCGCGGAGCAUUUUGACCGAAGCGCUCAGGACACUGCGUGGGUCAGCGCCCUGGCCCUGGCCGUGCAGCAGGCAGCCAGCCCAGUGGGCAGCGCCCUGAGCACCCGCUGGGGGGCGCGCCCCGUGGUGAUGGUUGGGGGCGUCCUCACUUCGCUCGGCUUCGUCUUCUCGGCUUUCGCCCGCAGUCUGCUGCACCUCUACCUUGGCCUGGGCGUCCUUGCUGGCUCCGGCUGGGCCCUGGUAUUCGCCCCUGCCCUCGGGACCCUCUCCCGUUACUUCUCCCGCCGUCGAGUCUUGGCCGUGGGGCUGGCACUCACGGGCAACGGGGCGUCCUCGCUGCUUCUGGCGCCCGCCUUGCAGCUCCUCCUCGAUAAUUUCGGCUGGCGGGGCGCCCUGCUCCUCCUUGGCUCCAUUACCCUCCACCUCACCCCCUGUGGCGCCCUGCUGCGACCCCUGGCGCUCCCUGGAGACCCCCUGGGCCCACCCCGAAGCCCGCUAGCUGCCCUCGGCCUAGAUCUCUUCACACGCCGGGCCUUCUUAGUUUUUGCUCUAGGCACGGCCUUGGUGGGGGGCGGGUACUUCGUCCCCUACGUGCACCUGGCCCCUCACGCUUUAGAUCGGGGCCUGGGGGGGUAUGGGGCGGUGCUGGUGGUGACGGUGGCUGCCGUGGGGGACGCGGGCGCCCGGCUGCUCUGCGGGUGGCUGGCGGACCAGGGUUGGGUGCCCCUCCCGCGGUUGCUGGCGAUGUUCGGGGCCCUGACAGGGUUAGGGCUGCUGGCGGUGGGUCUGGUGCCGGUGGUGGGGAACGAGGAGAGCUGGGGGGGCCCCCUGCUGGCCGCGGCUGGGGCCUACGGGCUGAGCGCCGGAAGUUACGCCCCGUUGGUUUUCGGCGUGCUCCCGGGGCUGGUGGGCGUCGGCGGUGUGGUGCAGGCCACCGGGCUGGUGAUGAUGCUGAUGAGCCUGGGGGGGCUUCUGGGCCCUCCCCUGUCAGGCUUCCUAAGGGAUGAGACAGGAGACUUCACUGCCUCCUUCCUCGUGUGCAGCUCUUUCAUCCUCUCUGGCAGCUUCAUCUACAUGGGGCUGCCCAAUGCGCUGCCCUCCUGCCGUCCAGCCUCACGUCCAGGCACCCCACCCCCUGAGAGGGGGGAGCUGCUCCCCAGCCCUCAGGUUGCCCUGCUCCCCCCAGGAGGCCCUCACUCCACUCUGGACAGCACUUGUUGACCAUUUUCUUGUUUGAGCCUCGCCCCCAAUAAAGACUUUCUAUCUGCU